CCCUCGCCCCGGAGCAGUGAGCGUGCGGCGGAGCAAUGCACUCAAAAGCCCUCUCGUGUGUUUGUCCCUUCAGGGUGGCGUGUUAGGCUGGUUGGGGGGUGCAAGCUCCUAGGACGCGGGGAGAGAGCUGGCAGAUGUCCCAAGCGAGGGAACCUCUUCCUCCGGGGCCUGAGGGGCCGGCGCCUGCAGCUCCGACUGAACGCAGCCUUCUGGUCUCGCUGCCUCGCGAAAAAUGUGACAAAGUGAAUACAGCUGUAGGAGAGAGAGACAUAACACCACCUUCCAGUAACCAAAGCAUACAGCCAGAGAUACAAGACCAGUCUGUCUGGGGAAAUCGCACUGAUGGUGACCUCAUCAGAAAUUGCUGUGUUCACUGUAUCCUGGCUUGCUUGUUUUGUGAGUUUCUCACCCUCUGUAAUAUUGUUCUGGGACAAGCUUCCUGUGGCAUCUGUACAUCGGAGGCCUGCUGUUGUUGCUGUGGGGAUGAAAUGGGGGAUGACUGUAACUGCCCAUGUGACAUGGAUUGUGGCAUAAUGGACACUUGUUGCGAAUCAUCAGACUGCUUGGAAAUCUGUAUGGAAUGCUGUGGGAUUUGUUUCCCAACAUGAAAUAUUUGUAUCUCUUUUUUUAUUAUUCUGUUUAAAAACUGGAGAGCUUUUUAAAAUACUUUUGAAGAAAAAUAAGGUAAGAGUCUCACACAGCAACCUAGUAUUUGCACUGUUAACUUGCUAUGUUUAAAGAAUCUUUAGAGAAAACAAAAAACCUGUACUCUAACAAAUGUUUUAUGGUUUAGUAUGUGAAAUUCUAGUUACUUUCCAACCCUCUUUUGGCUUUGCAAAUGGGACAGUUGACUGCAAUCAACUUAAAGGCCUGAUACAACAGGCCUUUCUUGGUUAAAAUAGCAAUUUGAGUAAAGUUUUUGGCCAGAGAAAAGACUGCAAAGUAGCCUAAAUAUUUCCCCCCUCACCUACUUUAAUGCUUAAAUGCUUGAAUAGCCUUCCAUACCUAACACACUUUUGCAGGAGUUCUUGAAAGCAAAAUGUCUUUAUUUCCACCUUUUAUGGUUUGAAGUAACCUGGGCCUGUUAUAUUUUAAAGUGAAUUUAAAAUAUGCAGUGGGAAUCUACAAUUGAUCUUGAUGCAGUGGUCACAUUGAAAUGUUUCUUCUCUUUUGAAGUAUUCCAUUGGUUUGAGAGAGAUUCCCUGUGCUUAUAAUGGUGAAUACUGGUAAUAGGUGAAAUCCAGGCAUAUUAAGUCAAUGAGAGUUUUGUCAUUGACUUAAAAAGGGCCAGGUUUUCACGCACUGUCUUCCAAACCAGAAGAAACUUUUUAUA